GGUCACCCGAGCGGGUCAUGCAGGCUCUGAGGAACGCGGGCGCCCGCGCGGCGAGCCGGCUCUCCGCCGCCGUCCGCUCCCUGCACGGCGCGCAGGACGCCGCGGCCCCGGAGCUCGUCGCAGACACGCCUGCGGGCCCCGGCCGCGGCAGCUUCAGCAUCUACCCACCGGUGCCCGGGCAGGAGAGCCCGCUGCGGUGGGCGGGCAGGAAGUUCGAGGAGAUCCCCAUCGCACACAUCAAGGCCUCCCACAACAACACACAGAUCCAGGUGGUCUCCGCUGCCAACCAGCCCCUGGCCCGCACGUCCUGUGGCACUGAGGGCUUCCGGAAUGCCAAGAAGGGCACCGGCAUUGCAGCGCAGACAGCAGGCAUUGCGGCCGCGGCGAAAGCUCUCGGCAAGGGCGUGACCCACAUCCGCGUCGUGGUCAAGGGCCUAGGACCGGGGCGCUUGUCCGCCAUCAAGGGCCUGACUAUGGGGGGCCUGGAAGUGAUCUCCAUCACAGACAACACUCCCAUCCCGCACAAUGGCUGCCGCCCCCGGAAGGCACGGAGGCUGUGAGGCUCCGACACCCUAAAGGUGCAGCUUCCCCUGCGUGAGAAAUACAGAGUCCCCACCCAGGAAAUAAAGACUGCCACCCGC